AUGCCGAGAUUUAACGAGUUCAUUCUUCUCCCACCUAGCCGUCGCUCUCGCUCCAUCCAGCCGUAUCCUCUCCCUCACUACCCGCUAACACCUCUCCAACCCACCUCACAAUCACUCCGUCCCAUCCACCCCGCCAUCUCCUCUCCCUUACCUCCCGGCCGUCGCCUCCCUCCUCCUCGCCGUCGCCUCCCUUCUCCCCGCCGUCGCCUAUCCUCCUCCCCACCGUCGCAUCUCCCUCCGCCGUCGCCUCUCCCUCCUCCCCGCCGUCGCCUCCCUCCUCCCCGCCGUCGCCUCUCCUCCUCCCCGCCGUCGCCUCUCCUCCUCCCCGCCGUCGCAUCUCCUCCUUCCCGGCCGUCGCUCUCUUCCUCCCGCCGUCGCCCCUCUCCCUCCCGUCCUUUCCCUCCUCCCCCCGGUCGCCUCUCCCUCCUCCCCGCCGUUGCCUCUCGCUCCUCCCCGCGGUCGCCUCUCCCUACUCCUCGCCGUCGCCUCUCCUUCCCUCUCCGCCGUCCGGCGACAGGUGCACGAGCGCAAGCGCGGGUUGGUACGCGAGCGCGGAUUGUUUUAUCAGGCACCGUGGUUAUCAGGUGCGUUCCUGGUCCUUCCGUCCUCCCUUCCCCCUUCUGA